ACGCAUCCCGAGAGCUGCCGUCGGAUUAGUGCUGUGGACACGUGACGUCACGGCCGGGCUGGGUCUGCUGCUAAUUGUGGCAGAGGAAUAAAAGAUGUGAUGUGAGGAGGGGGCGCAGAGACAAACACUGUGGAGUCCAGCAGCGUCAGGGUCAACUUGUGUGUAGAGAGCGUUCGUUAGUGUGACAGACCAGCGGGCUACAGCCAGGAUGUCGUCAAUGAGAGGAGACAGCAGCUGGUCCCAGCCGCGGGACAUGAGCAGCCUCAUCCAGGCGUGCAGUUUCAACAUCCAGAGGAUCAACCAAAACUCUGGUCAGAUCAAAAGUCUCCUCUACCAACUGGGGACGAGCGAGGAGACCUCAGAGCUACAGGAGAGGCUCCAACAGCUCCAGCACUACACCAACCAGCUGGCUAAAGAAACCAACAGACACCUGAAGGAGCUGGGAGCACUGCCCCCGCCAAUGUCUCCAUCCGAGCAGAGGCAGCAGAAGCUCCAGAGGGAACGCCUGAUGAAUGAUUUCUCUGCAGCCCUCAACAACUUCCAGGUGGGACAGCGGAAGGCGGCUGAGAAAGAGAAGGAGUCAGUGGCCAGAGCUCGAGCUGGAUCCAGAGUCAUGGGAGAUGGAGUGAAUGUGAAUGACCAGCUGGUGACAUUUGAAAAGGAUGAUGAAUGGGGUCAGAACCAGACUCAGACUGAGGAGCCCGCCAUCACAGAGGAGGACCUGGAGCUAAUCAAGGAGAGGGAGACAAACAUCAAACAGCUGGAGGCCGACAUUAUGGAUGUGAACCAGAUCUUCAAGGACCUGGCAGUGAUGAUCCACGACCAGGGAGAUAUGAUCGACAGCAUCGAGGCCAAUGUGGAGAGCGCUGAGGUUCAUGUAGACAGAGGAGCAGUGCAGCUGCAGAAGGCAGCCUAUUACAAGAGGAAAUCUCGUAAGAGGAUGUGCAUGCUGGCCAUGGUGCUGACGCUUGUGCUCACCAUCCUCAUCAUCAUCAUCUGGCAGGCCAUCAAAUGAGAGGAGAGGCACAGCCCGAUGACACCUUCACACAACUUCCUCUGUGUGUGUGUGUGUGUGUGUGUGUGUGUGUGUGUAUUUAUGUGGGAGGACAAAUGAGUGGGAAUAAGAGUUGGUUUGUUAUAUUUUAUGUCUUUGGAGGCUAACAGCAACAUGUUAGGAACUAACCUGCAAAUAUAUUUUGUGAUGCUGUCGAACAUUUUUUAUCGUUUGUUUUUUUAAGUCAAAAACGGACACAUGUUCAGUUCUUCCUCCUGUAGUUUGGUACGUUACAACUGUUGUACUUCUAACUCCACUGCUACUGCGAAUAGUACUGAUGAUAAUUGGAUGGGGAUUUUGCAGAAUGGAGGAGGGGAUGAUUGUGUGUGUGUGUGUGUGUGUGUGUGUGUGUGUGUGUGUGUGUGUGUGUGUGUGUGUGUGUGUGUGUGUGUGUGUGUGUGUGUGUGUGUGUGUGUGUGUGUGUGUGUGUGUGUGUGUGUGUGUGUGUGUGUGUGUGUGUGUGCGCAAAAUAAAGCUAUGUGUUUUUAUGCAUGCACAAUACAAACCUUGUAUCCCUACACAAAAGUAACGUUCUCUUCAGUGUAACUUUUAUCACUACAGUCCCAGCUUGGAUUAUUAUGACCAAUGUUGCACAAUUUUGUACAGAGAAAGUCCAUCUUGUCUUGUUUGAAUGUGGAGUGUAGUAAGUAGUGUCUUACUCAUGAUAACGUUGAAAGAAAUAUGAUGAAUGUGUGUCUUCAGUAAAACAGGUUGUUUCGCUGCUCGUGCUCAGCAGAAAGAGAAUUUAAUACAGAUCCACCUGAUGAUGUGCUGCUGGUGUCAUGUCUCAUUUCGUCCACCAGGUGGGGAGCUAAGCACGAUGGGAGUCAGUGGGAUCAACACCACAGACAGGAGAUUACCUGAUACUGUAAAUGAGCAGCCCUGGAGUUUAUACUUUAGUGUACUGAAGUGGGACCACCAUAGUGGAAACACACCACAUACAAAUACAUGUAGCUAUUACCAGCAACAUCUGCUAAAUAUACAAUCAUCAAGAGUGAAAACGAGAAAAAAUAAAACAAAAUGCUUAAAAUAGACAGAACUAGAAGAAAGCACACCUUUAAAAUGUGAAAAAUAUGAUACCAUUUUUUUUUGUGGACAGGCUGCAAAGUGUAUACUGGUCAAUUUUUUUUACUUGUGCUGGAAUAAAAACAAAAAAACAUU